UGUCUCAAAUCUAAAACAUGUGAGCUUUGUUAUUGUUUAUUUUUGCUAUUCAAAAUUUCCUCUAUUUUGUAAAUGUUAUUUAUUUAUUCAUAUUUAUAAUGAGUGGCAUUAGUUUAUUGGGCAACGAAUGUAGAUUCCUACCUUUUGUAAGAAAGUUAUGUUCUCAAACCAGAAAAACGAACACCAUCUCUGCUACCCUUGCAGAUUAUAAAAUACAGUUUUCAGAAGGGACUGGUCAGAAAAUAUUGGACACAAUGAAUAAAUCCUCUCCAGAUGAUCUUUCUAAAUACAAAAUAUCAAAUGUUAAUAUAAAAAACCUAAUUGAUUGGAAAAAAGAAAGAGGUCCUUUUAAAACAUUGAGUGAUCCUUUAGAAGUUGAUGGGUUUGAUGUGCAAUUGUUGUUAGAGUUUUAUAAAAGCAUGGGAUCUAUUAAAGUAACCCAAUCGAAACGAAAGUCACAUGGAUCCGGGAAUGAAAAACAUUUAAUUAGGCCAGAAUUGAAGCCAAAUCUAAUCAGUUCAUUACAGUCAGCUGUAGCGAUACAUCUUGAGUCUAUUGGUAUUGGGUGGGUUAGGCUAGACAGAUCCAGUAAGGUAACACACUGGAAUUGUGAACAAUUUAGCUCAUUGCCUGAUAAAAUGUGGCCUGUAGAUACUUUUAAUUUGGCUGUAAGUCUAUUAAAAAAAACUCCUCCUAGUGACGUAUAUAUAUUUGAGAAAUCUAACUCUUUGAGCCCUCAGAGUAAAACAAAGCCAUUGAUGGUAUCAUCCCAUAGUCAACAUCUAGAACUUUUGUCCAUGCUUAUGGCUUUGUUAAAUUCUAGCAGUAUUCAUAAUCCAGAAAGCAAUUUGAUAAACAAUCCACCUACUAUUGAAAAUAAGGUCUUUUACUUAAAAAACAAAAUGACUGCCAGAUUAUUUGGAACUUUGAUUGGUUCUGAGAGAGUAUCUGCAAUUCCACUUGUAAAAUCAAUAGUACAAAAAAACGUAGACCCACAUAAAUUACCUUGUGUACCCGUAGAGUUUGUUCCCGGAAUGGCCGAUUUUUUUCAACAGCAGAGUCCAGUGCAGAAGGAAAUUCUUGCAAAAUCCUUAAUGCUAGGCAUCACUUUCAUGAAUUUAUGUAUUCUAAGGAAUGCAAAUACAUUUAAUGCCUUAAAGGCAUCACGAACUGAUAAAAAUACCACAAGUGAGACAUAAUAGUGCUAUGGUAUAUAUUAGUGAAGGUUUUCGUAGUUUUACCUGUCUAGCACAAAAUGAAGGGUAUAGAGUUAUAAUUUGCUGGAAAAAAUAUAUUUCAAAGUUUAAUAAGAAUAGCCUACAUUUAUUAAGAUCAGUUUAUUUUGAUUCUCUACUCUGUUUCCUGAU